AUGUUCCGCAACAUUCGCUUACUGCGUUGGGCUGUUGGUAAAAGCUGCACCACCGCCAAACCAACCACGACCAUCGGUGCAUCGUCCCAGUGGAACGCCGGUAUCAUUGCACAACCAUGCAGCGGUAUUGCAACAUGUGCUAUCAAGCCAGUAUCGGCGAUUCCGGGCGUGAGUAUUAACCAGCAUAGCGCCAUCUUCUCUAUCGCCAGUCGAAAGAUACACACCAAGGGCGAGCGGGAACUGGUGGAGUUUCUGGCGGAAGAGAUCGUGGCGGAGAAAAAGGCCAGCCCAAGCGCAACCAUCCCUACGUCCCUGAAUGGAUUCGCCAUCACGGCCAACAGGGCCGAAGUGGAGCUGACGAAAUCGUCCGAACGCGAAAAGGUCACGAUUUCAUUCAACGUGAACCACACGGUAGAUAUGGAAGGUGAGGAAGCAGAAACCACGGAAAACAAGCCAGAAUUUUCCGCCAUGAAAAGCCGUCCCCAGUUUGAGGUGGAUAUUAUGCGUGGUGGAACCACACUGUCGUUCACGUGUUCCUAUCUGCCCGGUGAGGCACAGGAAGGAGAAUACAAUGAUGUGUUCGGCAUCGAUGAAGUAACCAUUUUCCAAGGUGAAUGGAACGACAAGGUGUACGCAGUUGCUGGCGAUGUUCUUGAUGGGUACCUUUACGAUCUGUUGAUGAAUUUCCUCGAGGAGAAGGGCAUCAGCAACGAGUUCGCCGAGAAAAUGUCAGACUUUGCGAGUGCAUACGAACACGCCAAGUACGUGGAAUUGCUCGAAGCCAUUUCGAAGUUUACCGUAGAGAAGAAAUAG